AUUAGUAUAUAUAUGUAGUCUCUAUCUAACUAACUCUCACAUUCAUAAUUAUAUAAGUUAAAGAGAAGAACAAAGAAGAAUUCCAUUAAAAAAACUAAAAGGCAAAGAUCAAAAAAAUGCCUUGCCUUUACAUCUCCACCAACGUUAACUUAGAUGGAGUUAACCUCGAUCCCAUCUUUUCUCAAGCCACCACUGCUAUCUCCACAAUCAUCGGAAAACCAGAGAAGUUUGUGAUGGUUCUAUUGAAGGGGUCAGUGCCAAUACAGUUUGAAUCUAACAAAGAACCAGCUGCAUAUGGUGAACUAAUUUCAAUGGGUGGCAUAAAUCCAGAAGUGAAGAAGAAUUUAAUUGGUACCAUUGGCAGAAUCUUACAGUCCAACCUAUCUAUACCAACGACACGUUUUUUUCUCAAAGUCUUUGAUACAACAGCAAUCCCUAAAAAGAACUCCAAAAUGUAGGGAUAGUAGUUUUGAUUUAAUAUUUAUAUUCGACAAUUAAGUUAGUUUUAUGUUGAGUUGCAACUAAUAAUAUACCGGUGUAGAAACCUAUGUCUUACACGGGUAUACAUUUACUUUUAAAUAUUUCAAUAAAAUUGUUAGCUUAUGUUAGAAUUAUGACAUUAAUUUAUAAAAAUCUCAUCAUAGUAUUAUUUUUUUAA